CCUCCUCCUCUAUAAAAGCUUCUUCCUCUGCUCCACUGAAAAAUUCUUCCAUUUCAACUCUCCACGGAGUUCCAACGCUUUUCUCCGGCUCUCCAUCUUCCUCCUGUGAAUUGAGCCGUGCGUUGAAGAGAAGCGCAAUGGGAUGUGCUGGAUCGUCGCGGACCAACGGAGACGGAUCCACAAAGAGGAUACGCAAGCCAAAACCUUGGAAGCAUCCUCAGCCAAUUACAAGGUCUCAGCUCAUGCAACUGCGGGAUGAAUUUUGGGACACUGCACCCCACUAUGGUGGCCGAAAUGAGAUUUGGGAUGCACUACGGGCAGCUGCUGAAGCUGAACYAUCUCUUGCGCAAGCAAUUAUCGACAGCGCUGGGGUCAUUGUUCAAAAUGCAGAUUUGACGGUCUGUUACGAUGAGAGAGGCGCAAAAUAUGAACUGCCCAACUAUGUUUUGAGUGAGCCAACCAAUUUGAUUCGCGACAGUUCAUAAAGAGAUCUGAUCGAUUUAAUGCAUUCAUUGCUCUCAAUUGGGCUCUUCCCUUUACAUUUCUUGUACAAAAAUUCACAAAAAAAAAGGAAGGAAAAAAGAUAACCCUUCUGUUAGUUGAGCAGUGUCAUAAAUUACUUGAUUACUUGUAUAAAUAAAGAGUCUAUAUCAGAAUUACUGAAAGUUUGAAGCACAAAGAUUUGAAAGUCGUAUAGAGAAAAAAUGCAAUAAUAUUGAUAAGCAGUGCUUUCUAGACUAUUAAA